CUAUUUUAAUACUUUAUUUUAUCUUUACAGACUGCACAUGUGACUGUUAUGAAGGAAAUUUCAGAAAUUGACGAAGUAUGUUCGUUAUUUUGUGCAUGUAUGGAAAAUGACGAAUUAGAUUUUUCAUCAAGUAGCAUUGAAGAAUUUCCUAUGCAAGUUUUUCAGUUACCAAUUGGCCGGCUUACAACAAUUAUAUUGGAUCAUAAUGAUUUGCAAAAGCUGCCUUGUGAAGUCAAUAAACUUAAAAAUCUUGUUGAAUUAAGUAUAAUUGGGAAUGAAUUAACAUAUUUACCUAAUGAGCUGACAGAUUUAACAAAACUUGAGAAGCUAGUUGUAAACGAAAACUGCCUUUAUAAUUUGCCUGAUAAGCUUGGAAGAUUUGAAUCUCUACAGUAUUUAUCAGCAAUUGGAAAUAAUAUUCAAAGUAUUCCAUCUAGCAUUACAUUGCUGCAUACGCUUAAGGAACUUUACCUGGACGAGAAUGAAAUAAAAGUACUUCCCAAUGGCUGGGAUGAAAUGGUUGCGUUGACUAUCUUUGAAAUUAGUAACAACAAACUUGUGGCAUUACCAAAGGAUAUUGGAGAUUGCGAAGCUUUAAAAGUUUUGAAUUUAAAUUCAAAUUGUAUUGAAAGCCUUCCUGAAAGUUUUUCAAAACUUCAGUGUCUUACCAUACUUGAUUUAUCUCACAACAAGGUUGAAGAACUUCCAGAAAAAUUUGAAAGUGCUUUUGUUAUUGAAAAACUUUAUCUGGAAAACAAUGCAAUAAAGUCUGUGCCGGUUUGGUUUAGCCACUUGUACAAUAUCACAGAACUUUUAUUGUCAGAUAACUUACUACACUGUGAACCGUUUGGUGAUGAGUUUUGCAAUCAUUCUAAAAGGCUAAAAAUAUUGGAAGUUGGGGCCAAUUUUAUGACGUCGUUGUCUAAAGAUUUUGGUCAUCUUAGUGAACUAGAAGUCAUCCACAUUGGAAGUACAAUAUCAGAAUUGGAGCGAAGCAACUUUCAAAAUGGGAAUUGGCUGAACAUCUUGCCAGAAUCAUUUUGUUUAUUAAAAAAUCUUAAUAAAGCGAACUUAAAUGAAAAUCAAAUAGCAAAACUACCAAAGGACUUUGGACAGCUCCUACAACUGUCGUGGUUGGAUUUAGGUCAGAAUAUGUUGGAAUAUUUGCCUGAUUCCUUCUGCAGUUUGGUGAAUUUAACCUUUUUACAGCUUUCAAAGAACCUGUUAAAGGAAUUACCUGAAGACAUCGGCAAUUUGCACAAAAUAAUUGACCUUAGAUUAGAUAGCAAUUUAUUGCGAAAAGUACCUGAUUCAAUUGGAAAAAUUAGAAAUCUACAGUCACUAGAUUUGUUCCAUAAUAAAUUAACUGAGUUACCAAAAGUUCUGAAAAAGCUGCGUGGCUUAAAACGUUUAGAUCUAGAUCAGAAUGAUUUUGCUUUUGAUUUAUCAAAUGUGCCAAAGAUUACUCCAGGGAACUCUUACCCAGAGAGGGAUCCAACCUUGAAGAACAACUGGCGUGGUAAAACUAGACCUGAUAAACUACAAUCGACUACCGUGAUUGAUAUACUCUGUAAUGGCGAAAUCGAAAAAGAAAAUGAGAAAGAAGAGGAGGAAGGUGAAGAAGAACCUUGGAAUGAACAAGCUUUAAAGAUGGCUGUCAAACGUGGAAUGUCUAUGUGGAGAUCACAUACUGGUCCUGAUGUUAGAAAGAAUGUUGCGGCUGAACAACCAGAGCAAUUAGACGAUGAUGAUUGGGUAGCAUAUAAUAUCCCCUUGGCAACCAAAACAAAAACAAAAACAAACGACAAAACUGACCCCUGUGAAGAAGACUGGGACGACGAAAUCGAACAGGAAACUCAAUACAAUAAAGUUAUCGAAACUUGUAACGAACGGCGAUUUAAAAACUCCAGCGCGAUAGACGCUUUUCAAAACUCAAUCAACAGGUAUCCACCGGCUCACCAAGCGUUCAGUGGAACAGCGCAAUACGAUUCGUUUGUUUACAAAAGUGUAACACAGCAAAUACUUCCAGCAAGGAGUCAACGUUUUGUCCCUGCUGUAGGACAAUUCGAUGAUGCUGAUUAGGUUGAUGAAAGGAUGGACACAAUCAGUGAAUAUGACAAACUUUUCUAACAUUAAGAUAUUUGUAUUUUUGUCAAAUUUAACUUUGUUUUUUGUCCAUCAAUUUAUCUACCGGAUACCUUACUUAUUGGAUCUUUAAAAAUAUCAAACGAGCAUUUUGCUUUUGAUAAUAA